CGUCGAGCCGACUGGUGGUCUUCUAUUAAAGUCCAGUCCGCAAGGAUCAGCGUUAUCAGUUUGUUGUUAAGUUUGCUUAGUUCCCGUUCUACGUUUUCUACGUUCUCCGUUCUACGUUUUCUACGUUCUACGUUCUCCGUUCUACGUUCUACGUUUUUUGUUUGCCCACGUUCAAGUUUUAAGUUAACCAAAUCGAUGCCAUGGCCCAGACACAGACGCAGACGCAGACACAAGCCGAGAAGCUCAACCACCCGCACAGCAUUGGCAUCCAGCUGCAGCACAAGGGCAUGCCCCAUGGGCUGGGUCUGCUGACCACGGUGGCCUCGCUGCCGCCCAAGUACCGCAGUCGCUAUCUGAACCUGAAAACCAGGUGCGAAAUACCCCUGGAUUUGACGGUGAAGCUGCCCUCGCCGCUGCCCCAAAGCGAUGUGCCCAUGGCGGCCACAUUCGCCGAGGUGUAUAGCGAAAAUGUGAUGGAAAUUGCACAGGAAGGGGAUGUCAAAGAGGAGAAGUUGCCACUAAAACCCCCAACGCCACCGCAAAGUCCAUCGGGAAAGCGCAAAUUGAGCUGUGACGAUGAUUGCCGGCGACAGCCCGCCAAAAUGGCCAAACUGGAGGAGAAGGAGGAGGAGCCACAGCCAGCAAUAGAGGCCACGCCAGCCAAACCUGUUAAAGUAAAGGAAACGGCACCCAAAACCAGCAAGGCAAGCACUUCCUCGGCGAAACCCUCCCGCAAUAAGGCCACUCGCAAACUGAAGUUCGAUGAGGAGACCAGUUCACCAGUUUCGGGCACCAUAAUACGACCCCUCGAGGACAUCACCGAUGGCUCCAUGCAGUACAGCAAUGGCGACAUCGACCCCAAGUACAACAUAGUGGAGAUCACAGAUGAAACCAAAGCCGAGCUGGCGGCCAUCAAGAAUGUGAUUGGGGACUAUGUCUGCCGCUUGUGCAAGAUCAAGUUCGAGGAUGCCUUCGGCCUGGCCCGCCAUCGGUGUGCCUGCAUAGUCCUGCUGGAGUACCGAUGUCCCGAGUGCGGCAAACAGUUCAAUUGCCCCGCCAAUCUGGCCUCCCAUCGCCGCUGGCAUAAGCCCCGAAAGGAGGCCGGCAAAAAGGAGAAUCGCAAUACCACCAACCAACAGCAGCAGGUGGAGAAGAAGUCGGCCACAGAGGAUCUGGCAUUUGACUGCCAGGAGUGUGGCAAGAAGUUCAAGAGGGCUGCCUACCUGCGAAAGCAUCAGCUCACACAUCAGAAACGGGAAAAAUCAGGGGAGAAAGUAGUGGAAAUGUUGCCGCCAGCCAGUACGACCACCAUAACAGGCAGUUUCCACUUCAAUCAGGCGGGAUCCAGCACCUCCUCCUCCUCGGCCAGCAGUUCCCACUCCGAUGAGGGUGUCUAUGUGGCGGGGGCCACUGCCAGGAGUAGCUACGACUACGACAAUGACUACCUCUCGGACUCGAGCUCCUCCGCCUCAUCCGCCGGCUAUGGUCGUCUGCAGAUCGUGGAAAAUGGUCUUACGGAGGAGGAAAGCAUUGCCGCCGCUGCCCUCACGAACUUAAGGAACUGCGCCUCCGUCAUCCAACACACCACCAUGGCCCAUUGAAAUCGAGUGAGAUUUUUGUACUAUUAAGUUUAGUUAUUAGUUAUUGACAUCACUCAAUUAAUGUCAAUAAUGCAGCUGAAACAGACCAAAGAAUUAGUUUUAUUCAAUGGAAAUUUGCGUUUCCUCUUCAUACACUUAGUUAGCUAUAACGUUUAGUUCUUAAACCGAUUUAGUUUCGUUCGCAAAAUGAGUUCAAUUCUAGUCAGACUCUGAUUUGUAUCCGUACUUCGGUCCGCAUUCCAUAUACACUUUAGUUCUAGUCAGUGAAACCAAAGCAUCUGGGCACUAGUCAGCUUCAAUACGAUCUCUCGAAAAAUAAGUGUCAUUAUUGGCAUUUUUCUAGUCAGUUUAGUUUUAGCUAGUUUAGGAACUUUUGGGAGUGCAAUGAACUGAACAUGUAAAACCAAAGAAAUCAACCAAAAAUUCAUUACUAACCAUUUGAACAGGCUAUCUGGUACUAACUAGUCAUAUAAUCUUAGCAUAAAAAUACCAAAGACUCAAUAUUAACACUCUGUAAACUUUUUCUAAUACCAACUGCUUUUUAACAUUUUAUAUACUACUCUGUCACACAUAUUUCAUUCAUUUUUCAUACAUACUCUCAUACUUCAUCUCUAAUAACUCCUUCAUCAGUCAUUUUUCACCUUUCACCUUUUAAAAUACUGUCAACAUUCGAAUUUCACUCUUCAUGACUCAUCUUUCCCCGAUAAUCUUUAUUCUAUAUAAAAUUCAAGCUCUGCUUUUCCCCUAACUCAUCUUCUCACUUAUAAGCAACUUAAUAUUCAACCCUUUUUUCGCUUUUACCAAAAUAACUCGUGUUAUUCUAGUCAUAAGUUCUUGCAUUCCUUCUAGUCAUUUUAGGUAAAUAAUUUCUAUAAGUCAGCUUCAUUUCCAUCUUACUUAUUUUGUACAAACAUAUAUCAUUCUUCAAUUUCGGAUACAGCUUUAGUCAUAUUCAGGUUAUAUACCGAAACCAAAAUUCAGGCAAAAUUGUGCAGUAAUAGAUUUUAAGUUCGAAUCAAACCAAAUAUGCAAAACCAAAAAUCCUAGUUUAAACAAAAAUCCAAACCCAGUGUUGGUGAACCAAAGUCGAGUGUGAACUCUAGUCAUUUUUAGUCACCUAAGUGGGAGAGAAAUCAAUUAAUUCUCUGUUUAAUUUAGUUUAGUUUACUAUAGUUAGGCAUAGAAACGGACAUUGGACCAGCGUCUCACUACCAGUCAAAGUAUUUAACAGUACAACCUAGCUAUAAAAGCCACAGGCUUCAGAACCGGCGGUUGUGUACUUAAAGCAAUAAAUUAAGAAAUCCCUGAAUCGGGUUCAAUAUCACAGCGCUAUUGUUCCUUAGCAUCUGUAAAUGUAAAUUGGUUGUAACCGCAGAGUACAACGAAAUGGGAAACUUUCGCUCAAUCUAGGAAUUAAUUACCUUAUAAGCUAUAUCAUACGGAACCAUAUCGGUUGAGAUUUUGUGAUACUAAUGCUAAGCCUAAAGUUUACAAGAGCAUCGUUGUGCUCAUAGUGCAGUAACAAUAAGUGAAAAGAAAACAGAAAUUUGUACCAAAUAUUUUUAUACGUAAUAUACACAUAAACAGUAAAUAUUUUUAUACAAA